AGAAGAGGAGCGACAGAAAACAAAAACAAACAACAACAAGAAAUGCAUUGAACGCCUAAACUGCCUAUGAAUAUGGUCGUGCUGUCAUUAGCUAAUUGUAUUUCCUGUGGGCACCAUGUGGGAGGCCUGAUGACCAAGAACAUGAGGAGGGGGUGAUGAGUCAGAAAGAGAUGUAAUUAGGCGGGAUGGAGUGACACAAAUCGGCAAUGUGAGGUGUAGAACCCAGCGGUUUGUGAACCACUUGUAAGUGUAGAUAUGUUGACAUCCUAUCAUAUCCUAUACUGUCUGAUCGCUAAUCCUGGCACCGACAGUGUCUUUACUUGAUUGUGUCUAAUUGCACCCAGGCAUGCGUGAAUCCAUCAGACAUGUGAUAGUCCUGCAGAAAAAUGGAAAUGCUGCGAGGGGGCUGCCCAAGAGCCACAGCACCUCCCAGCCAAUCGGAAGUGGAGUGGGGUGAGCCUGCACGGCCCAUCCCUCCUCCUGCAGCUCUGGCAAGGGAGCAACUGCCAUCCCCCCGGGUGGUCCCUGGACCAUCCGCGCCCCCACUAACCGGGAGGGAGUGCAGAAGGAAGGGGCAGCAGCAGCGGCCGCCGCAGGCUCGUAGAGGCAGGUGGAGCCGGAGACGGGCCAAAAGGGGUGCGCGGUAUGGUCCGUAGAGCACUUUCCCGGUACAAGGAAACGGGGCCCAGGCCAGGCCGACCUGACCCGGGAGGGCACUUUGCCCGCCCAACCCACCGGGGGGGGGGCUCAACGCACAGGGCCACCCAUACAAGACCUAUGAAGCUGUAAGAAGAAAAGAGAUUGAGUUGCUUGAUGUUUUUCGAAUUAUUUUUCCAACUACUAAUUUUUUUUUUGAUGAUGAAUAUGAGAUGAUCUUACCUGUAAUUACAAUUUUCCCUAUUUCCCAAAGCAGUGAAGGCGAAAUAUUAGGGGAGUUGUUAAGAUCCAUUAAGUCUUUCCAUUCUUUCUUCACCAAUGUAUCAAAUGCUGGAUCAUCCAAUCAAGAAUCAUUACAGCACCAGAUUGGGUGGAGGUGUGGAAAUCAGUUUUAAGAGCUAAAGAAAUUGGUGCAUUGAUUAACAUUCUAGACAAAUCCGUUUUGUCACGUAGGACUAGCUAAUCAGGUACAUUAGAAAGAAGCAGGACAACUUUUCCCGGCCAACCAAAUUGGUGUCAGAUGCCACAAAUGCGCAUGAGCAAGAAGUUCCUAUCUAAAAACCCUUCAUCUUUGUAACGAGCUUUUUCAUUGCACACAGUAUGUCAUCUAAGCCUGACUUAAGACAGGUCACUUUUUAGAGGCAGCGGAGUGGUAACGAUGUAAUAAUAAUAAUAAUACAAUUUAGUUGAAGGUGCCUUUCUGGCACUCAAGGUCGCCGUACAAUCAUUUAAAACUAUUAGACAAAGACUAGAAAAAAAUAAUAGAUGAAGAUAAUUAGCUGGACAUUAAAACACCAGAAAUCAGGUGUUAUUAUGAGGAUGCGAGUCUGAAGAGGUGAGUUUUGAGUUUGGACUGAAAAACGGGGAGUGAGUCAGUGUUCCUGAGAUCGGGUGGCAGGGAAUUCCAAAGCCGGGGAGCAGAGCGGCUGAAUGCUCUACUGCCCGUAGUACUGAGGCGAGCGGGGGCCACAGACAGGUGUAUGGAGUUUGAGGACCUCAGGGCACUGGAGGGAGUUGUAGUAUGGAGGAGGUCAGACAGGUCCGGAGGGGCAAGGUUGUGGAUGGCCUUGAAAGUGAGGAGGAGAACUUUGCACUGGAUGCGAAAGCACACUGGGAGCCAUUGAAGCUGGCGGAGAACUGGAGUGACGUGGUGGACGAAUGGGGUAUGUCUUAAAGUGCGAGCGGCUGAGUUCUGGUCGUGCUGCAGUUUAUGGAGGGGUCUUUUGAGGGAGGCCAAAGAGGAGGGAGUUGCAGUAAUCCAGGCGGGAGGUGACAAGGCUAGUAACCGUGAUGGCAGCAUAACGGGGGGUGAGGGACGGGCGGAGGCGGUUGAUGGUUCGUAGGUGAAAGUGGGCAAUCCGGGUAAUAUUAUUGAUGUGUGGAUGAAAAGAGGGUGUACUGUCCAAGAUGACACCCAGGCUCUUAACUUGGGGGGAGGGUGAAACAAUCGAGUUGUCAAUGGUGAGGGAAUUGCUGUGGUAUUUGGAUAUAGUGGAUUUGGAGCCAAUGAGGAGCACCUCAGUUUUACUGCUGUUGAGUUUGAGGAAAUUCUGGGUGAGACAGUUUUUUAUUUCGGUGAUACAGUCAGUCAGGAAGGUGGGCGGGAGAGGCGAGGAGGGUUCGGAAGUCGGGUAGAGCUGGGUGACAUCAGCAUAACAGUGAAAGUUGAUGUUGAAUUUACGGAAGAUAUUGCCAAUGGAAAGGAGGUAGAUGAUUAAGAGCAGGGGCCCUAGGACAGAGCCCUGAGGGACACCGGAGGUAACGGGUGAGGGAGUAGAUUUAAGGGACUUGAGUUAACGUAGUGAAGACGUCCAGAAAGAUAGGAUGAGAACCAAUUCAACGGGAUGUGGGUGAUGGCAAUAGUGGAUAGACGGUGGAGGAGGGUGGCGUGACAGAUGAUGUCAAGACCUGAAGGAUAGGUCCAGGAGGAUGAGGAUAGUGAGAAAUCCAGAGUCAGCAGGAUUUUUAAUUUUAAAUUGGGAACCAGACUGGAACUGUUCAUGGAGGUUAUUUUGGGAUAGAUGAGAGUGGAGUUGAGAGGGACGGUUCUUUCAAGGAUUUUAGAGAUGAAAGGUAGGUUGGAUAUGGGACGGGAGUUGUUGAAGUUUGAACAGUCAGCACUGGUAUUCUUGAGAAUUGGAGUGAUGGCAGCAGUUUUAAAAGUGGGGACAAUUCCAGAGGUGAGAGAUGAGUGGAUAAUGGCAGAGAUGAGUGGGACCAGGGAGGUGGAGCAGGCUUUGACUAGUUGCGUGGGUAUAGGAUCCAGUUGGCUGGUGGAUGAUUUGGACUUCCCGAUAAGUUCAGAGACCUCGGAGGGGGAGGGGAUGUGGAAGGAGGAAAAUGGGUGUGAGGGCAGGUACCAAGAGAAGGGGCUGAUUGGAGGUCAUGGUGGAUGUUCUUGACCUGUAUAUAUAUUUAUAUACAAAUUAGUAUGCCGGUAGAUCCGCAUUGUGCUGUUUUCGGCUCAGAAAAUAAAAAGUUGUGGGUACAUUGAAUAGAACACGGAGAAGAGAAUGAAGCAACCCGUAAACAGACAAUGACAACGAUUUGGUAUCUGUCCCCACCCGCUCCUCCCCCAUCAUUUGGUGGUCUGGGUCAGAUGCCGAGAGAGCAUGGGACUCGAAAGCCCCUCCCUCUCCUCCUCUUAACACACAUGUCUGAGGAUGGAGGUUUGUGGGUCAAAUGUCUGGCUUAGUUACUUUUGCUCCAAGAAUAUACAGUACGAGGAGGAAUUCAUUCCAAGUCAAGUCUUGAUGUCACCAAAGUAUUUCAGAUUAAAAGUGCGCUUGGCUUGGCUUUGUGUGUGGGUGGCUGGGUUGACACAGAGUAGAUUGGAUAGACAGGGAAAAAAAUCUAGUUCAGAAUAACAUCAACAUUAAUACGUACUGAUGUGUGUGCAGCGGCGCUCCUUUGUCAUGUGCUUUUCCUUUCCUCCAGACGCUUUGGUUUUCUUCAUCGAUGACCGUUGUCCUCUUUGGAAAAGUGGUUUCAAUUGAGUUCUUUCUUUUACUCAAUUGCUCGUCUUUCAGUCAACCGAUCGAACUGAAGCUCAGGACGAGACCGUGGAGCGAUCGAACUGAAGCUCAGGACGAGACCGUGGUGUCGUCUUCUGGCGUUUCUCGUUUGAGUUUAAUGGACUCCGUAGGCGCUUUCUUCCCCUUGACUGCCCAUUCUCCGUCCAUUCGUCCCUCACUUCCUUCAAAUUGCUUUUAGGUCACGAGGAUACUUAGCCCUGGCCCCGUCUCCUCUCCGCAGUCAGCGCCAGCUCCUCAUUUGCGUCUAUUCUCUGCGCUGGCGAAAUGUCUGAGAGAAGACUAUCGCACGAGGACGACCGCGCCUCGCUUCUGUCCAAACUGGGCUCCGAGUCUCCUCGGCCCAGGAUGAAAUACGGCGGCAUGUUCUGCAGCGUGGAAGGAGCUUUUGAAAACAAAACGCUCAACUUUGAAUCCUUCAGCCCUCGGCCGAGGCGGCGCCCGACCGGAGAGGACGUGCAGAGAGGAUGCGGCCAGAUUGGAGCGGUGGCGGCGCCCUUGGGACGCGGCCAGGACAGCCGUCUGAUCAUUAAAGGAGGGAAGAUUGUCAAUGACGACCAGUCAUUUUAUGCUGACGUUUACAUCGAGGAUGGAAUCAUCAAUCAAAUUGGGGAGAAUUUGAUGGUCCCCGCAGGUGUUAAGACGGUAGAGGCCGGCGGUCGACUGGUCAUCCCGGGGGGAAUCGACGCCAACACCAACCUGCGCGCGUCCCAAAAAGGCCUGAACCCCUCCGACGACUUCUACUGGGGAACCCGAGCGGCUCUGGCCGGAGGAACCACCAUGAUUAUCGACCACGUGAUGGCCGAGCCGGGCGGGAGCUUGCUGUCGGCGUUGGAGGAAUGGAGGGACGCGGCCCACCAAAGGGCCUGCUGCGACUUCUCUUUCCACGUGGAUGUCACUCGCUGGCACGUCGGACUCGCCGAGGAGCUGGAGAUGCUCGUCAAGGACAGAGGUGUUAACUCGUUCCUGUUUUUUAUGACUUACAAGGACCAAUAUCAGAGUUCCGAUUCACAGCUUUACGAGGCUUUUGGGCUCCUGAGGGAUCUGGGCGCCGUCGCCCUGGUACAUGCCGAGAAUGGCGACAUUGUCGCCGAGAGGCAAAAGGCGGUUCGUCGUCUCGGCAUCUCCGGACCCGAAGGACAUGUAUUUUCUCACCCUGAAGAGGCGGAGGCCGAGGCAGUCCACCGUGCCGUCACUAUAGCAAACCGAGCAAACUGUCCGCUAUAUGUGACUAAGGUGAUGAGCAAAUCUGCUGCUGAUGUGAUUGCCAAAGCUAGGAAGAAAGGAGCGGUGGUCUAUGGUGAGCCCGUGGCAGCGGGUCUGGCAGUGGACGGCUCCGGCUAUUGGUCCAAAGACUGGGCUACGGCUGCGGCCCUGGUUAUGAGCCCGCCCCUCAAUCCCGAUCCUUCCACUCCGCAGUACCUGGGCUCCCUCUUGGCGUGCGGUGACCUCCAGGUAACUUCCAGCGCUCAAGCCGGUUUUUGCACAGCUCAGAAAGCUGUGGGGAAAGAUGACUUUACACUCAUACCAGAGGGAACCAACGGAAUCGAGGAGAGGAUGUCAGUGGUUUGGGACAGAAUGGUGCGUACAGGGAAGAUAGAUGAGAAUGCGUUUGUGGCCUUGACAAGUACCAAUGCAGCAAAAAUCUUUAACAUUUACCCUCGUAAAGGACGGAUCGCCAUCGGUUCUGAUGCCGACAUCGUUGUUUGGAACCCAAAAGACACCAAAACUGUCUCUGCCAAAACACACAACUCGACAUUGGAGAUGAACGUCCUCGAGGGUCUGGAGUUUGACGGCGUCCCCACAGCGGUUAUCUCCGGCGGCCGAGUUGUCGCGGAGGACGGCCUACUCCGCGUAUCGGAAGGUUCCGCUCGCUUCGUUCCGAGGAAAGCCUUCCCUGACGUCGCGUACCGCAGGAUCCGAGCUCGCGGCAAGAUUAUUGGGAGUCAAAGUGUCCAUCGUAGCAUAUAUGAUGGUCCAAUCCACGAAGUCGGUACAAUGAAUAAAUUGACGGCACCUGCAUUAACCGUCAAAGGAAGUGCGUGCUUCAAAAUCCGUACCAUCACUCGAAACCUCCAUCAGUCAGGAUUCACCUUGGCUGGAACUCAGAUUGAUGACCACGUUCCUCGACGGUCUACUCAGAAGAUUGUGGCACCACCUGGUGGACGAUCAAACAUUACAUCGCUUUCUUAACUGUGACAGCAAUUUGAAACUUUGUCCUGUCAUCAUCACUAUUGUAGCUUAACGGUUUUAUAUUCAUGUAAAUUGCUUGAUCAUGGCUAGUACAAAUGCUGGCAAGUGUGGAACAAAAGUUCAGCUUUUGUCAAGCUGUGGUUGUGAUGCUCGUGCCCUCGAUAGAAUUAAAUUAAGCCUUUAGUAGUGUUUGUAGAGCUGUAUAAAUGAAAUGAGCGUUAAUUUAUUGUACAUGUAUUAUUUGGAAACCCUCCAGUGCUGCUGACAGGUGAGUAAUACAGAGUGAUAAAGCAAACACAUUUCCAUUUUUAUUCAUAUAGUUGAAGUAAAUAACCUGCCUGCCUGGUCGUGUGAUGAAUGUGCAAUUGUUGUAAAUCAUGGACGUUUUGUUAAAAGCAAAAUAGAAAAGGCAAGCGAAAUAGAAACAUCAAUGACAAAAAUUGUCAUUGUUUUUUCCUUUUCUUUACUGACAAAAGUUAAUAAAAAACUUUACUAUUUAUUUAUUCAUUUCUUUCUCUUUAUUUUUAUUCAUUUAUUCAUGUCUUUCUCUUUAUUUUUAUUCAUUUAAUUAUUUUUUUUAAUUUUGGCACUGCUGUGAUUCCAUACAUCCUGCCAUAACUGCCACAUACAGUCUAUUUUUUG